UCGCCGAAGAGGGAAGGUCGAGUGUUUGUCUUUAAAGGGGAAAAAGGGGGGCAAUGGCGGACGUUCCCUCAGGACGGACCGAGGCCGGAGAGGUCACGCUGGUCGUCAGGAGCCCCUCGCAGCGCCACCGGGACAUUCUCUUGCCGGCCCAGCGCCGGUGGACCGUCGGUCGCCUCAAGGCGGAGCUCCGCCGCCUCCACCCGGACGCUCCGCCUGAAGAUGCUCAGAGAUUGAUUUAUUCUGGGAAGCUGUUGCAAGAUGGCCUUACCUUGCAAGAAGUGCUCACUGAGCAGGAGACGGUGCAUGUUCUGCACCUGGUGUGCAAUUCAAAGAAUCUGCCAAAAAAGCAAGAAGAUGAUGCAAAGGAUGCUGAAGCCGAGCGUCAGCGGGCAGCCUGCAACCCAGACCCACCAGCAGCACCUCCUUCUGGUCCUGCUUGGCAUCGGGGAGGAAUCUCCGGCCCCCAGCCACGGGCAGCCGGAAAUGCGAGUGAAAGUUCUCCACCAGCCCAGUAUCCCUUCGAAGGCUUGGACGUUGGCUAUACAUCAUAUACGAUGUACCGCAUGCUGCAGUUGUGGUUUCAUCAGAUGUACGCGAGGCAGUAUUAUAUGCAAUAUAUGGCUGCCAACGUGGCCUCUGGUGACGCCUCCUCAAGAAGACGCACGCAAGAGAUCCCAGUGGCGGCCCCCGUGGCAGCUCCUGCUCCUCUUCCUGGUCCAUUUCCUGCAGAAAACCAGCCGGCUGGGAAUCAGAAUGCUCCUCCGGGGAACCCAGGAGUCAAUCAGAAUCUACGGAUGAAUGCCCAAGGUGGGGCUUUGAUGGAGGAGGAGGAGGAAGGAGGAGGAGGAGGCCACCGCGACUGGCUGGACUGGCUCUACUCAGCAACUCUUUUCUACGUCUUCGUCAAUCUUGUCUAUUUCUACUCCAGCCUCAGCAGAUUCCUGAUGGUCAUGGUCGGCACCCUUCUGAUGUACCUGUAAGUGUGCUCAGAGCAGCCUGGUUUCUUAUGAUGUGAUAAUUUGGAGUGAG